AUCAGUGUAGCCCCAUCAGUGCCACCUGUCAUGCUCAUCAAUGCCACAUACCAGUGCCUAUCAGUGCACAUCAAUGCCACAUAUCAGUGCCUACCAGUGCCCAUUAAUGCCACAUCAGUGCCCAUCACAGCUGCCUUUCAGUACCCACUAUCAGUGCCAGUCAGUGCCACCUAUCAGUGCCAGACAUCAGUGCCGCCUAUCAGUGCUAGUCAGUGCCACCUAUCAGUGCCCGUCAGUGCCGCCUAACAGUUCCAAUCAGUGCUGCCUAACAGUUCCAAUCAGUGCUGAAUAUCAGUGCCAGUCAAUGCUGCCUAUC